AACUAUGCUGUGGAGAAGUUGUAUGCCAUGAAAAUUGAAAUUAAUUCCUAUGAGAAGACGAAUUUUAGUGAGGAGUUUGGUCAACUCGUUGUGAACAAACAUGAUUUUGUGGAGAAUCUGAAAUCGGCAAUGAUGUUGAGUGCCAAAAAUUCGCGGAAGAAAUUAUACGAACCUCCCGCACCAUUGGAUGCUGGAGAAUUGCUAUCAUUCACCCCCGCCAAUAUUCUAAUCGAGAAUCGUAUCAAAGUCCCCGUCUCCCUGCUGCAACCAUUCUAUGUAUGGUCCAAUACAUAUCCCAAUGCAUUGAAAUAUGGUACCCUGGGAUCUCUAAUAUCCCAUGAACUUAUUCAUGGCUUUGAUGAUACCGGGAGGAAUUUUGAUAAAUUUGGCAAUAGUCGUAAUUGGUGGGAUGACAAAUCCACGGAAGCUUUUAAAAAUCGUACCAAAUGUUUUGUCGAUCAAUACAAGAAUUACAUUUACAAUGGCAAACUGUUGCCCGAAAUGGCAUCACAGUCGGAAAAUAUAGCCGAUAAUAGUGGUGUACGUUUGGCUUAUGCGGCCUAUCAACAUUGGUACGAUAAUGCCAUGCGUAGCCGCCACAAUAUGGAAAGUGAAACCCUACCACGUCUGAACUACAAUGGCAAACAGUUGUUCUUUAUUAGCUACGCCCAAAUAUGGUGCAAUGAUAUCCAUCCGGCAAUGCGUAAUUUACAAACCUCCACCGAUACUCAUGUACCGGGGAAAUUCCGUGUAAUUGGACCGCUAUCGAAUUUUCCGGAAUUUUCUAGGGAAUUUAAUUGCCCGCUGGGUAGUAAUAUGAAUCCGGUUAGUAAGUGUAUAAUUUAUUAAA